AUGGAUCCUAUAUUAGAAAACGAAUCAGCCACCGCAGAAUCUCCUGGUAGACAAGGGAAAUCAAAACAAAAGCACAAGAAAAGAAAAGGACCCUUAGACUCACAAAAAGAAAGUCAGACGGUUGUUGGAGAUAGAAGAAAAUUUGUUGUGACAAAACUUUCAGCAUCAGACGAGCAAGAAGCAAGUGGCAGUCGUUUACCUGAAAGCAAUGUACAUACUGUUCAUUUUGGUACUCGCGGAGCAGAGUCACAGCGACCCCACGUAAGGUCCAUUUUUAAAGAUAAACCAGCUGAAACAUCCAGGUCCGCAAGUGCUGAAAGAGAUUCUGGGUCUAAAAAAGAGUAUGAAACUUUUCAUGGGACAUCGACUAGUCCACGGAGUUCAAUAUUCGAUAUUUUUCGCAUAAGGAGGAAGAGCGAUGCCAAAAAACAUCAAUCUGUUAUGCAAAAUGUUAAAGAACCACAAGUAUCUAAAGCAGCUGAAUCCCCAGACACUACUAAAGCUGACAAUGCUGAUUCUAAAGAGUCUCACAAAAAGUACUAUUAUACGGUUACGGGAGUAUCGUCUCGAAAAUAUAGUCCUAUUACACGAGUCAUGGAUAUAUUUAGAAGUAAACCGUCAGCAACAGAGCCUCCAGCAGCUGAUUCACAUAAAAAGAAAACUAAAAACCAAAUACGACGAUCGUCUUUAGACACGACAUCCCCUACCUAUCAUAAAAAUUCAUAUGCAGCAUUAGAUCCCCUUCAAGCAAAACAAUUAUUUAGGGAAAUUCGUGGAUUGCCCAAAUAUGAUCCUUACUUGUCUAUCGUUCAAAUAUCUCUUGGAGGACGAGAUAAAACUAGAUUAUUAUUAAACUUUUUUAAAUACCACCGAUGUUAUGAAAUUUUACCGAAAUCAGCUAAAGUUAUAAUUUUUGAUACCCAAUUCCUAGUUAAGAAGACAUUUCCAACACUUGUAUCUCACGGAAUACGAUCAGCGCCAUUGUGGGAUUCCAAUAAAAAGUUACUUGUUGGUAUGAUAACCGUAUCUGAUUUUAUAAGAAUCUUGUUACAUUUCGAAAAGGAAAAUUUGUCGAUGGAUGAUUUAGAAAGUCACACUUUACACACAUGGCGAAAAUUACUACGUGAUACACGAAAACCUCUUUGUAGUAUUGGUCCAGAUCAUUCACUACAUGAAGCCAUAAAUCUCCUAAUAAAAUACAGAGUGCAUCGUCUACUGAUGAUUGAUCCAAAAUCGGGAGACGUGCUUUAUAUAUUGUCACAUAAGAGAAUAUUAAGAUUCCUAUUCGUGUAUUUAAAUGAGUUCCCCGAGUUAACAUUUUUCCAUAAGAAAUUAACAGAUUUGAAAAUAGGUACGUUUGAAGAAAUUAUAUCAGUAACCGAUGAAACGACUGUUAAAGAUGCUUUCCAGCUUCUUUUAGAAAAUAAUGUUUCUGCCUUGCCGAUAUUAGAUGAAAAUGGUACUCUUUUAGACGUUUAUGCUAAGUAUGAAGUUUUGAAUUUAGUUAGUGAGAAAUUAUACUUGAACUUGUCACUGACCGUGGGUGAAGUUAGGACGAGAAAGAAAGACUGGGAAGAAAAACUACAGAAAUGUCAUUCAAGUAUAACUUUGUAUGAGGCCUUAGAAGUUAUUGUAAGAACAGAAAGUCAUCGAUUACUAUUAGUCAAUAAGGAUACCAAACUUAUGGGCAUCGUCUCUCUGUCUGAUAUUUUAGUAUAUUUAAAUAGGAUAAUACCUUCAGAGAAAAAGGUUUCAUCCCUACAAGAAAUUUUUAAGCCUUUAGAAGAGAAUAAACUUCCGGAGGCUGCUAAAGAAACAGAUAGUGAUGUUAUAACCAUCGAAGUACCUAAAUUAGAUACCCCCAAUGUACCUGAGGCGACGGACGCCGAACAAAAUGACCCUAACGUUGAAAACGUUGGUUCUAUUGAUGUAGCGAUAAACGAAAACGAGAAAGAGACUGACGCAGAUGAUGCUAGUCCCAAAAAUGACUCAAAUGUUGUCCCACACUUAAAUAAUGUAGAUGAAACUCACGAAUCGCAAGUUAAUAUUGUAGAUGAAAAUAACUAG